AUGGAGUGGAAAGAUAGGGGAGCUGAUGAAGCGCAGUGCAUUAGCUACGUGAAGUGCUUGGAUAGAGUAGUUGUGAUGUAUGAUUCUCAUGCUACAGUUAUAGAUACCCAGCCAUUGCUAGUGUUCUUCGAAAAUCAGCUCUUUUCAAGGGUUUUUAUUCCUCUCAAGGAUGAUAGUAUGGAAGAUGAUAGCGAUGAUGAUGAUGCUUUAGAGAUCAAAAUCAAAUUAUAUUUCAUCAGAUUGGAGAUAUACCAAAAGAACUACUUCAGCCAGAUUGUCAAACCAAUGAUGUACAGUCAAGAAGCCAACAAGCUGAUCUUCUUUCUGUAUAUUAAAGGUGACUGGGAUAAGUUGGGAUGUGACUUUAAAAUGGUUGGCCUGAAGCUAUCUUCCUCUUCGACGCUUCAAGCCAAACACUAA